AUGAAGACAAAAGAAGUUCAAGAAGAGUUGCUAUCUUCGGUUAACAUUAAAGGGUUGAAUGUUGAGUCCUCUCAACAAGGCGAAAAAGCAAAAGAAUCUCACUCUCUUGGCCCAAUGGAUAGAUUUUCUACAACAAUCAACCCGGAAGCAUCAUUGAACGUGGCAAAUACGAUGCGGGAACAAAACAUUAAUGAUGCUAUUUGGAAAGAACGAUCCAACUUGGUGAAAGAUUAUUUCGUCGAUUGGGCUUAUGAAGCGGGCAUAUCAUUCAAUGCACUUGAGCUUGAUAGCUUUCGGCUCUUUAGCGAAGCGCUCGGUCAAUUUGGGCCGAGGUGGAAGCCUCCUAGUUCGUACGAGAUGAGAGAGCCAUUGUUGAAGAAAGCGGUUGAGAGAACAAAACUCAAGGUGCUUCGCAUAGCGGACGUCGAUAAGAAGCCGUCAAUGAGAUUUUUGUAUGGGGAGCUUAUGCAUGCUAAAGAAGAUAUAAAAAGUGUCUUGAAUAAUCUUGCUAAGAACUAUGAUCCCAUCUUAGAAAUCAUUGACACGAAGAUGAUGGGUAGAUUGGACACCCCGUUGCACUUGAUGGCAUAUCUACUAAAUCCUUAUUAUCAUUAUAAGGACCCGAAUCUCAUACUAGAUCAAGUUGUUUCGGAUGGAGUUCUUGAUUGUCUUGAUGUCAUUUGUCAUGGUAACUUUGAUUUGAUGGAUAAAAUCAUGAAUGUCGAGUUGCCCAUUUAUAAGACAAAAGGAGGAGUCUUUGGGAAGCCAAUUGCCGCAAAAGGUUGUGAAGUAAACGACGAGAAGUUUGAUCCAGUCUAUGUCCAGUUCAAUUCCCGUUUAUUGAACAAGCGCAAAUGGAGGAAAGAAAAGGAUGUGUUACUUGCUAGUGAGGCAAGUAAAGCUCAAGAUUGGAUUAUUCCGGGAUUCGAAAACGAGGACGAUGAGGAUGUCAAUGGACUUGAAGUUGAGGAUGACACAUCAAGAGUGAGAGAGCUUGAGGAAGAAGAUUUUGAAUCCGAGGAGGAGGAACAAGAAAUUGAGAAUGGCGCCCUUUGGGAAGUUGAAGGGAAGUGGGUUGUUAAGGGAGCUGUUGAUGUAGACAUUGGCGCAAACCCUUCUGCCGAAGGUGGGGAGGAGGAUGAAGGCGUCGAUGACCAAGCCGUUAAAGUUGUUGACAUUGUCGACACGUUUAGGCUCCAGGAGCAACCACCUUUUGACAAGAAGACGUUUGUCGCAUACAUCAAGAAGUACAUCAAGUUGUUGUCUACCAAGCUAGAAGGUGAGAAGCAGGAGGAGUUCAAGAAGACCAUUGAGGCAGCCACCAAGUUUUUGCUUUCUAAGAUCAAAGACCUUCAGUUCUUUGUGGGAGAGAGCAUGGCGGACGAUAGCACCCUGGUGUUUGCCUACUACAAGGAAGGUGCGGUUGAUCCGACUUUCUUGUACUUUGCCCAUGGUUUGAAGGAAAUCAAGUGUUAA